UCGACGCAUCGGUCUGCUCCUGCGACCGGGGAUCAACCGGAGUGUGCAGUAGGGCUGUUCUGGUUAUCAGGCACUAUCAAAACCGCACCGGUUUGCGUUCAGUUACACCGGAGCCCAGAGUGUGGUAGAUUAGCAUCGAUUCUGACACGCGAACGUGAGAUCCUCAGGGAGCCAGUUUUACGUGAAACCUUUUCAAUAGUCGUGGAGAAGCGAUGCUCCUCCGAGUAGGCGUACUCGUGGGCCUGUGCCUGACCUUGAGUCAUGCGGCGGAGGACGUGAUUCCAUGCACAACCGACAAAGGGGGCAAGGGAGAGUGCGUCAAACUGCACCUCUGCCCGGAUGGAAUUUUGAACGUGGAUGGCACCAACAUAAUCGACAUUCGCUUCAAUCCGGAAAACGAAUGUGAAGACUACCUCUUGAAGUGUUGCCCGAUUCCAGAUGACGAGGAUGACGACCGGGUCGUCGAGCCGCAGACUUCUCCGACGAUCGAUAAACCGGUUUUACCAACCACUGGAACGACUGGCCUCACCGGGCUUGCCACGGGACCGAAUUCGGGCCCUGCACCACAUCCAACGGCAACAGGCCCCGGUGUCCCGGGUACCACUGGCCAGAGUACUGUCCCUGGUGGUCUUCCUCCGAACACCGCAGACCUUGGCACGGGUAAUUUAAAGCCUCCGGGCGGAACGGGUGGUGGUGAAUGUACGGGUGGCGGUAGUCAUCAUGGUCACGGUCAAGCUCACGGAUGCUGCAAGGGAAAUAAUGCUUGUCAAAGGCCCGGAUCACCACACGAUGAGCAGGUGGACAUGGUUGGGGCGGAUUUAUUGCCGGCGGCAGGCGGUAAACCAGCAUCUGCAGAUCUUACCCACGACGUUGGAAAGCCACCGACAGUUCACGGAGGUGGUCCUCUGGUCACUGGCACAGGACUGAAUCAGAUUGCAUCGGGCGGCAGUGGACCGAAUCAAAAACCGGUUGGUUCGGGCACUAAUCUGGCACCAGGUGGUUCAGGUGCUGGAGGUGCUGGCACUCAGCCAGUGGACAGUGGUGUCGGUAAACCUGGUGUUGGAGGAAGUGGGUCACCCACCGGUAGUGGAUAUGGACCUGGGCAAGGUGCUAGUGGAUCUGGCUCGCAACCUGGCGCUGGAGGAGCUGUCACACAACCAGCUGGUAGUGGUGCAGGUAAACCAGGAGAUCAGAAACUUCCUGGGCCUGGACCUAGUUCCGGUGUUGUUGGUCAAGGUGCUGGUGGACCUGGUUCUCAAGCUGGCGUUGGAGGAACUGGCACGCAACCAGCUGGUGGCGGUGUAGGUAAACCAGGAGAUCAGAAACUGCCUGGGCCUGGACCUACUUCCGGUGUUGGUGGAAGUGGCGCACAACCCGGCGCUGGUGGAACUGGCCAAGGUGUUGGUGGACCUGGUGUCGGAGGUACUGGCACGCAACCAGCUGGUGGUGGAUCUGGUCCUAGUUCCGGUGUUGGAGGCCAAGGCGCUGGUGGGCCUGGUCCUCAACCUGGCGCUGGAGGAAGUGGUUCCAAACCAGUCGUUGGUGGAUCCAGUCCCCCAUCCGCUGAUCGCAAUGUUCCUGGAUCAGGACCUGUUUUAGCUAGCGGAGGAAGUGGCACGCAACCUGUUGGAGGUGGCUCUCAACCCGUCGGAAGUGGGUCUGGCCCAAGUGUUGGAGGAGCAGGUUCUCAGCCUGUAAAAGGCGGGGCUGGAAAACCAGGAGAUCCUUCCGGUCAUGGAACAAACCAAGGAGCAGGGGGGUCGCCUCCUGGUGGACAUGGGGGACAAUACGGUGGUGGUGUUACUAAACCAGAUCGACAUGGCCAGGGUACAACCCACAACCCGCUGGAUCCGAAUCUUGUGCCGCAAAAAUGUGGCCUGCGCAAUGCCGACGGCGUUGGCUUCCGCAUCACGGGCGACAAAGACGGCGAAUCGGAGUACGGUGAGUUCCCGUGGAUGGUCGCUAUUCUGAAGCAAGAGAAGGCCCUGGAUCAGGUCAUCAACGUGUAUCAGUGCGGCGGUUCCCUGAUUCAUCCUUCCGUCGUCCUGACGGCAGCGCACUGUCUGCAGGGCAAGAAACCGGAGGACGUUAGGAUACGGCUCGGCGAGUGGGACACGCAAACCAAGAACGAGAUGUUCGACUACCAGGAUCGCAAUGUUGUCGAGAUCGUAUCGCAUCCCGAAUUCUACAAGGGCGGUCUCUUCAACGACGUAGCACUCGUGUUCCUCGAUCAGCCGGCCCAGCUGAUGGAAACGGUGAACACCAUCUGUCUGCCUCCGGCGGACUUCAACUUCGAUGCGUCUCGCUGCUUCGCGUCGGGCUGGGGCAAGGAUGUAUUUGGCAAGCAGGGCACGUACCAGGUGAUCCUGAAGAAGAUCGAGCUACCGGUCAUGCCCCGUCCAAAGUGCCAAGAAGCGCUUCGCACCACUCGCCUGGGUCAUCGGUUUAAGCUGCACGGAAGCUUCAUGUGUGCCGGUGGCGAAAAGGGACGCGAUACGUGCAAAGGUGACGGUGGGUCGCCACUGGUCUGCCCGAUCCCGGGCACGGUUAAUCACUACUACCAAGCCGGCAUGGUUGCCUGGGGCAUCGGCUGCGGCGAGGAUGGCAUCCCCGGCGUGUACGUCAACGUACCGCUGUUCCGCGGGUGGAUCGAUCAGCAUCUAACGCAGAGGAACGUUUCCCACAGUUCUUUCCUGUAUGCAUGAUCGGGCUUCUGUGCAGUGGUAACGACCGCUCUAGGAUCGCCGAAAUGAUCGAUAGCCUUAUCGGGCGAAAUAAAACGAAGAAAAUGGUUUCUUUAUAGC